AUGGCAAAGGCAACCCCCUCAAAAGUUGCAGCUUCAGCUUUGUCUGACUUAGAACUGAAAGAAGAGAAUUUAGAUAAAAAGCUAGAAGCUUUAAAAGAAAAUAAAUCUGACGAUGAAGAAUUGGAUUUGAGAUUGAGUAAAGCGGCAGAGGAUCAUAAGCAAUUCAUGUACAGCCAUAGAGUACGUCGUCAUGAAUUGAAGAAGUUAGAAAAGUUGGAACCGUUAUUAAAUAAGGAUAAAAAAAGACAUUUAGUCCAUCCUAUUAAGUAUCCUGAUAUUUAUGAGACCUAUAAGAGAGCAGAAGCUUCAUUUUGGACUGCUGAAGAAAUUGAUUUAUCAAAAGAUCUAUACGAUUGGAACGAAAGAAUGAACUCCAAUGAAAGAUUUUUUAUUUCGAGAGUUUUAGCUUUUUUCGCAGCAUCAGAUGGUAUUGUUAAUGAGAACUUGACAGAAAAUUUCUCUGUUGAAAUCCAAGUACCUGAAGCUAGAUAUUUUUAUGGUUUCCAAAUAAUGAUUGAAAAUAUUCAUUCUGAGACUUAUUCGUUAUUAAUUGAUACAUACAUUAAGGAUCCGAAGGAGAGUUCAUUUUUGUUCAAUGCAAUCGAUUAUAUUCCACAGAUUAAAGAAAAGGCAGAAUGGGCAUUAAGAUGGAUCAAUGAUGACGAAGCAUUAUUUGGAGAAAGAUUGGUAGCCUUUGCUUCAAUUGAAGGUGUUUUCUUUUCCGGUUCCUUUGCCUCUAUCUUUUGGUUAAAGAAAAGAGGUUUAAUGCCAGGCUUGACAUUUUCAAAUGAAUUAAUUUGCAGAGAUGAAGGUUUACAUACAGAUUUUGCAUGUAUCCUGUUUGCCCAUUUGAAGAACAAACCAGAUCCAGCAAUUGUAGAAAAAAUUGUCACUGAAGCAGUGGGGAUUGAAAAAAGAUACUUCUUAGAUGCUUUACCUGUCGCUCUACUAGGUAUGAAUGCAAAAUUGAUGACACAAUAUGUUGAAUUUGUUGCUGACAGAUUAUUAGUUGCGUUUGGGAAUGAGAAGUACUAUAAGGUUGAGAACCCAUUCGACUUUAUGGAAAAUAUAUCGUUAGCUGGUAAAACUAAUUUCUUUGAAAAGAGAGUUUCAGAUUACCAAAAAGCAGGUGUUAUUUCGAAAUCUAGCAACACAGAAGCUGAUGAGGGUGCAUUUGCCAUGAAUGAAAAUUUUUAG